AUGCCAAGAUCAUCCACUCCAACCAAAAGGAAAACCAUUCAACAGCCAUUAAUAUUUCAACCCACUUUGAAGAAAACUAAAUCAUCCGAAACAACGUUGAAUUCUCCUAUUACUAUUAGUGAUGAUGGUGAGAAUGAGGAUUUAUUGUUAUCAGCUGAUGGAGAUCAAGCACAUGAUGAUGAUAUUGAAAUAUCAACAGAGACUGUUUCGGAUUCAUCAAGCAAAUAUUCAAUUAUUAGAACACCUAUUAAUGAUUCAUCGACAGUGGAUGAAUUGGGAUUGGAAAGUGUUGAAGCUCAUGAACUUCAACAAUAUUUCAAUGCUGAGAAAUAUUUAGCUAAAGAAAAAGGUAAAUGUAAAAAGAUUUAUUGCAUAGAUAGAGGAUCUUCAUUUACAAAGGGUAACAAGUUUGAUAUUUUAGAAAAGAGAGUCAAACCAACUAUAUUAAAAUUUGGACAUAAGGAAAAGACACAAUUUUUACCUUCUCAAACAUUUUACAAUUUACAAAAAGGUCAAGUGAAGAUGGGUAAAUUUGAGGUUAGUAAUGAAUGGGAAGAAUUGGAAAAUUUGAAAAAGAUAUUCAUGGUGAGUGAGUUAUUGGAAAUUGGAUUAAAAUCUGAGAAGAAGAAACUUAGAGUAUCUCACAUUAUUUAUUUAAUGAUUAGAGAUUUAAUAUCUCAAUUAUUAACAACUAAAAAACAAGAUUCUAAUUAUUUGGAAGGUAUUGGUGCAUGGAUAUUUACAUGUCCAUCAGGAACAAGUGUAUUUACUAAAUUAAUAUUUAGAAAUUGUAUAUUUAAAGCAUAUAAUAGUUUAAACAUUAAUGAAAAUAAUCCAUUACAAAUAGAUGACAUAUAUGUUAUUGAGGAAUGUACAUUAUUGAAAUAUUUUGCCAACAAUCAAGAAAAAACAUCUACAAUGUUUGUUGAUUUGGGUCAUUUAACACUUGAUGUCGUUGUGAUGGAUUUAAUUGAUGGUGAAUAUAUUGUAACAUUUAAAAAUGGUGAAUCUAGUGGAAUGUCACUCAUACAUCAAUUAUUAAAAGAUAAUGGAUUAGAUUCAAUUAAGGAAAUGGAAAAUUUAUUUGAUAAUUAUCAUGAUUCUAAUGAAUUACCACCAUCUUUAUUACCUCUUAAAAAUCAAAUUGAUGAAACAUUGAAAACUAUUACAAAACCUCUAUGUAUGAUGAUAUUACAAAAGCAAGUAGAUUCUAUUCACUUUUCAGGUGCUAUUACACGAGUUGCUUAUUUUCAAAGAAAAUUACAAGAAAAUAUUAGUUAUGUACGUUUACAAAAUAUUAAGAAUGAGCUACUUCCAUAUUUAAAAGAAGAAUUCAAGAAUAGAGAUAUACCUAUUAUUGAAUUUUUAUGUGAAACUACAGGUGAAAGUGCUUUACUAUCAGGUGCAGAAGAAAUGAUUAAUUGUUCUUUAAUGAAAAUUUCACAAAAUGAACUCGAUUGUAAUGUUCCAAUUAUAUUUAAGGAGAAAUCUAUUAGUGAACAAGUACUUAGUGAACCCUCAAUAUCAUCAAUACCAGAAAUGAAUGAACAAACACUACCAACUACUAUUGAUUGUUUAUUAUCAUCUAUUAGUUAUAAUGACAGUAAUAAUAUUGAGCAGUAUGUACCUGCCAUGCUAUUUGACCAUUGCAAUAGUGGAAGGGUCGAAAAAAAAAUGUUAUUGGGAAAUGUUUUACUAGACAUGAAUAUUAAACAAGAUACUGAAAUAUUUUUAAUCAAGUUUAGUCCACUCAUUGAUACUAAAUUAAUAUCAACUAUUGAUUAUGAAAAUUUUGAAAAAGUGGGAAUUAUUGAAUUCAUUAGAUUUACCAAUUUAAUCAUUUGUUUUGAUUGUAAUCACAUUAAAACUACUACCAAUUUACACUUUUAUAUGAAGUUGGAUUUGGAAGAUGAUUUCUUAUUAGUUAGAAUUUAUUAUACUAAAGGUAAAUCCUUUUUUAAAACUAUUACACGAAUUGAAAGAAAAGGAAGAAAUGAAAGAAUUUCCAUUAAUGAUUCUGCUCAACUAAUUUUUAAAACAAAAGAAGAUGAAGUAAGAACAUGGUAUGGUGUAUAUUAUGAUACUUUGAGUAUUGUAUCCAGUUUUUCAAGUAUUUCCAUUAAAUAUGCAGAAUUAGAAAACGAAAUUGGAGUUGAAAAAGCAAAGGGAUUACAUGUUGGUAGCAAGCAGCUAUCUAUUCCAAGUAUUGGAUCAAAAGAUAAGGAAUUUGUAAGAAAACACCUUUCUAAAUGUUCUGUUUGUCAAUGCGAAAUUAAGAAGGUGCAUGCUUGUAUUUCUUAUAACAAACUACCAAUAUUUAGAAAAGUAUUUGAUGAUAAUUCCAUUAAUCUUGGAAAUUGUUGUAGUCCUUGUUAUAGAAUCUAUAAUGAUUUAAAAAAGGAAGAAAAAUAG